AUGACAAGCCUUCAACCAUCAUUUGUACCCAGUCAACCGGGACCCACUGACAAUGACAUAGACAUGGGCGACGUGCAGUUACAAGUGUAUACGGAGAAUGGUCGUAUCUGUGUUGCAGUUGUAAAGGCAAGAGCGUGUUACCUAAAGCUUUACCUAAUGGACGAUAGUAAAUGCAUCAGUAAGAAGAAAACACGGCUUUCUCGCAGGUCACUGGAACCAGUGUUUCAGCAGAAAUUCGAGUUCAAGAAGAAAUUCAAAGGACGUCAGUUAGAGGUGAAGAUAUGGGGGAACUAUGAAAGAAUGGACCGUAAGAUGUUUUUUGGAAUGUGCAAAAUUGACUUAAACAUUUUGGAUUUGACUUGUGGCGACACUGAACCGGCUUGGUAUAAACUGAGCCCUUUGCUGUAA